ACACAAUCAUGGAACUAUGCACCAAAUCCUGAUAAACAAUGGCUAUUACAACACACCGGUCGAAUGGAACCAAUUCAUGUCGUUUUCACGGAUGUUUUGCACAGAAGACGCUUGCAAACUUUGCAAAGCGUUGAUCACAAUAUUUUAAGGAUAGUCAACGAAUUACGCGAUAUUGGUGAGUUAUCGAACACCUACAUAAUCUACACCAGUGAUCAUGGCUAUCAUCUGGGUCAGUUCGGUUUAGUGAAGGGCAAAAACAUGCCUUAUGAGUUCGAUAUCAAAGUACCGCCGCACAUGGACGGCAGAUCGUUGUUACCGUUGAUUCAUGAGCAUUAUGAGAAGAAACGAAAACGAUCAAAUCACAGAGCUUCAAAGCAACAAAUACCGUUGAAUUGGAGACAUACGGUUCUCAUUGAAAGGGGAAAAAUGGCAAAACUAACAAAAAUACGUGAUCGAAUGCAAAAACAGCGAGAUCGAUUCGGUAAGGAUGCUAGGGUACGGCAAGCUUGCAGCAGACCUGAAUUCAGACAUCCAUGUCAAAAUGAUCAGAAGGAAAUACUCGAAAGUGGUCAGUGGUUUCAAGGUGUAUUCGAUGAUGAAGAUGAUAACGAUACUGAUAACGAAGAUGAUAAACGUUCGAAGAGAUCUAUAAAACAUCGUAAGAAAAGAAAGAAGGAGCGUGAUCUGAAUGUUGGACCGAUGUGCACACACAGUCAGUCGAAUAAAAGUGUGUUAUGUGAACCGAUCGUGUUCGAGGAUUCGAGAGUAUGGGCAAUGCAUAAAACAAAAGUGGAUGAUAGAAUUGAGAAUCUCAGAAAGCGACUCAAUCGAUUCAAGGAUCUUCGUCGAGUGCUGAAACGAGGACGACCGCAUCUGUCAGAUGAUCCAACGACAUCACAAGCGAUAAAUAAUAAUUACAAUCAUACAAUCAGUAAUAAUCAUAAUAACAACAAAAACGAUGACAAUAAUAAUUCUGAACUAUGUGAAUGUUCAGCGCAAGCUAAUCCUAUACAAUCUGACGAUGUGUUCGAUGAAAACAAAUACAACGAUGGAAAGCAUAAAACUAAUUAUCGAAAACAUCAUCAGUAUGGAACGAAGAAAUGGUUUCGUGAAGAUACAAAGCAGAACUGUAAUGUACCUCAAAUGAACUGUUUCGUGCACGGUGCAGAUCACUGGAGAACACCACCGUUGUGGCCAUCACUCUAUGGCGAAUUUUGUUUCUGUCAAAACUCGAACAAUAAUACUUAUUGGUGCUUGAGAACAAUCAAUGAGACGCAUAACUUUUUGUAUUGUGAAUUUAUCACUGAAUUCAUUAGCUUUUAUGAUAUCAAUUCAGACCCUUAUCAGUUGCACAAUUCGGUAUGGUCCAUACCAGUGGGUGUGCUGGAACAGUUGAGUAAUCAGCUUGAGAAGUUACGAUCUUGUCGAGGCUAUGAACAGUGUGAACAUUACGCAUCACCCAGUUGGAAUCUACCAUUUGAAGCAUCAACAAAUGAUAUUAAAUAA